GGUGCCCAGAGAAGCUGUGGCUGCCCCAUCCCUGGCAGUGUUCAAGGCCAGGUUGGACACAGGGGCUUGGAGCAACCUGCUCUAGUGGAAGGUGUCCCUGCCCGUGGCAGGGGGUUGGGACUGGAUGAGCUUUAAUGUCUCUUCCAACACAAACCGGUCUGCGGUUCUGUGAUUCCAUGAUUGCAAACGAACGUGUUUUACCCCUCGGGGCUGACAAGGCGAUGGCUCACCCGCCACGACGCGGCCUAGCCGCCCCGGGAGCCGCCCCGGGCGCUCCCCUCCUCCCGCCGCCUCCGGCAGCACCUCCUCCGGGCACCGCCCCGGCCCAGCCCCGCCGCCAUCCCCACAGGAAGGCCGCAGCCCGCCGGCGGGCCGGGCCGCGAUGGCCGAUCAGUCAUAUUGUCAUCGGCUGCAGCACGACAUGUACUUUCUUACAAGCAAUAGCCGACUGAAUGAGCAAGUAGUUGAUAAAAUUAUUCUUCAGCUUAACAGAGUCUACCCCCAAAUUCUUACCAAUGCAGAAGCAGAAAAGUUCAGGAAUCCAAAGGCAUCACUCCAUACCAGACUUUCAGAUCUGAUAAAGCACCUUCAAAAGAAAGGAGAGAGACACUGCCAAGAGUUUUACAGGGCUCUACAGAUCAGUGCUGAACAGCUGUAUAAUGACCUGCCAAGCAGGAAAGUCUUGAAAACCACAGAUUCCACAGAGAUAGACACUGGCAAGGAGAAAUAUAUGCUAAAUGACAGGGGUCCAGUAUUUUUCCUCGCUUGCUUUAGCGUUGCUGCGGGAUUUGCGUUGUUCUGGUAUUGCUGUAACUCAGAUACGAAAGUCGUAGCAAGAGCCAGGAGAAUCUUGGGCUUUUCUCCUAUUAUCAUAGGAAGACACGUUAGAAAUAUUUGUAUGUUGUAUUUGGAAGACAGAUCAAGAAAUUAAGGAAAAGCAGCCUCUUCGCUUGACUGUACAGUAUGCCUGCCAAGGGACGACAACGGUGCAUGAAUAUUAAUGUACUAUGCUCUCAUACCAAAGAUUUUAUUAACUAGCUUCAUCAGUAAUUGCAUUGCCUCAAGAUGUAUUCAGAAUUUCAGCUAUAUAUGUCCUUCCUUAUGGGAAUGGACUAUUUAUUUUUGUAAAUGCUUAUUUUAAAAUAUUUAUCAUUGGGAUAAAAAAAUAUUUUUAAUACAGACUUUAAAAUUAUAUCCUAACUGAUCAUGGGUCUUAAGCCAUGUUUCAUAUGUGUUUUAUACUGGAAUGAAGGAUCACAACUGUUUAAAGAAUGCUAGCCUGUCUUUUGUGAUAAGUAACUUAAGAAAAGCACUUAAAAAGAAACACAUGCACUCAAAGCCUUACUAAGAAAUGGAUUUCCAUCUCAGGAUUGUCUGUUUUGUGUAGAUCCUUUAUAUUUACUGCCUGAGCUCAGGUGGGCACUGGCACCUACGAAGGGUAUCAGUGCCAGUCACUUCUGUGUGUGCCUCAUACUUGCGUUUUUUAAUUCUCCUGAUUGUGCCUCACCCCAGGCUGCACUGUUCAUGUCUGCGCUCAGCUGCUGGCUGUGGUUGGAAUGUGCUGGAGCUGGUGCAGACUGGUGCCCAGCUCACAGAGGGUCACAGGGACUGGAAUGUCUGAUCUGAAGCACUACUAAGAAGAUUUUUCAGAGGUAUUUAGCUUUUCCAGUGAAGUGUUUUGCAGUCUGUGUAUUGAAGAAACUGAAAUGAUCCAAGAUGCUGUGCAGGAACUUCAGUGCCAUGACACGGGGCUGUUUUGUGGCCAGAAAUAUGUCUACUUGAAGAGCCUGAGGUUGUUCACAGUGUCAUUUGAUGAUGUUGUGAUUUUCUUCUGUGAGUUGAAACCUGAAAAGCUUGCAGAAACCAUUGUAAGUCUGAAAUUCUUAUGGGAGAUGCAGGGAGUCAGGGCUGCAAGUGAAGAAGCUUGGAGUUUCUGAGCCUGCUUCUGCCUAGCUCAGUACAAAUGGCCUUCCUCCUCUAGCUGGGAGGUGCAGUAGUUCUGAACUGGCUGUGAGAAACUGCCUUUUCAGUGGAUAGUUCUUCAGUUACCUGCUCAAGAGCAUAAGGAGGUUGGGGAAACCAUGUUCCUGUACUUGGUGAGAAAGAUGCUUUGUGGCUCUUCAUUCACUGACUGAACGAAGACAUUUCCAGAUCAAAUCAGUGUCACCUCAGUAGCAGUUGCAGCUACAUCAUAAGUUACUAUGCGUUGGUGGAUCCCAGGUGAAACUUUCAGUCGUUUGGAGUAGUUUUCUCCUAACAGUCAGACUGAAAAUUGUCUUCCAGCUUUAAACUUCAUUCAUACUAUAAAAAUAUCAUCAUUCAAGGCCAGGAUGGAUAUGGUUCUGGGCAACCUGAUCUACUUGAAGAUGUCCCUGCUUGUUGCAGGGGGGUUGGACUAGAUGACCUGUGACGGUCCCUUCCAACCCAAACUAUUCUAUGAUCUCCAAAGCAAGUCAUCUUGUAAUAACUGUAUUUCCUGCCAGGACAACACUCACCUGAUGUAGUAUGAGCAUAUAGUGCAGAGGAGGAAUUGGGUACACAGCCAAAUUUUCAAAUAAAAGACCCAAAGAGUAUUUGUAGGAAAUGUCUUGAGAGAUGAAAAAGGGCUCAGAGGACCCUGAUUUUACUCUUCUGAGAAAACAUUUUUACCUAUGGCAUUGGAGUGUGGUUGGGACAUGAGCCAACCCCACACAGAGGCAGCCACAGUCUGUUAGGUCUCAUCUCAAGAGCAGACAUGUCUUCAUGGCCGUUGCUGGUGUGAGUGCAGCUCAGCUUGAAACACCCCAGUGAAAUCAGACAGGCUACAGGGAUAACACUACAGCCACAAUGCAAGUUAGCACAAGCUCUUUGGUUAGCAUUUAUUCUGACCCAGUUGGUCAGAUGUUGACCUGGUUGCUGGGUUUGCACUGUGGAUGGUGCCUCCAGCAGCCACAUUAAAGCUGGUCUGGCUGUUACUGACACAACUACAGCCAUUCCUGAAGAGAGUUUUCUGUGCAGACAGGCAGAUGUGCCCCAAGGUCAGCACCAGGCCAGGGAUAUUAUAAACACUUAAUAGCCUGAUUGCUGCAGAGUAGAGCGUGGAAUGAGACAAAUGCCACAUGAACACAAUAACCACCAGCAGAGCAGUUUAUUUAGAUUUCUUUUCCCUUGCCUCUUCCCCACCAGCUCUUGCGUCUCUUCAGUCUGAUCUUCACAGGGACUCUUGGUAGGGAGAAAAUGGUGAUUGAGCCGAGUGCAUUUCCCACAGCAUUGGCAAACGGUGAGGCUUGGCUGCCCUGCUUACACAGCAAGCUGCUCUUGGGCUGCCUUCAUCUUGGGAAGGGCUUUAAUUACAUUCUGUUGUUUAUUCCCUGCCUUGCCUUGUGUUUAAGCUGACAACAGAUUGUUGUUUUUCUCCAGCGAAGCAGCUCUAAUUUAUAACAUUUGAAAUGAAAUGUUGCUUUCCCUGUUGCUGCUUCCCUCCUAUAGCAGCUCAUUUUUAAGGGACUAGGAAAAAAAAUACAUCUGAAAUCUAAAUGGGUUUUAAAUCUUUGCCUUGAAGCCAACUUUGAAUGCUCAUUAGAGGAACGGUAUUCGGUUUUACACAAAAAAAUGAGUGUACAGAGUAAUCACAACAGUCACAUCUCAUCCUGAAGCAGAAAGAGGCCUUAUUGCCACUGAGAAGAUUCUGUUCAGAUUAUCCACCAUGCUACCCUUUGAAUAACAGGUUGCAAAUUGUUGUGGGCUGUUACUGAAACCUACAAAAGUUAUUGUGCCUUAUUUAACCUGAAGGUGAGAAUCUGCUGUACGGACUGGUCCACGGAUGCCCCUUCAGGCUGAGGAACCUGCCUCAGGAGCACACUGGCUGUGCAGCAGGACGUGGUCCUCCCAGUUCCUUAACCAAGUGGCUUUCUUGAGCCUUGAAAACCGUAUAGGCUAGGGAUGUUUAUUAAAGGUUAUGGCUGUUUCUUCUCUUUUUGAGGUUGCUCAAGAUGAAGAUGCCUCUCAGGGAAAAAACAAAUAAUCUGGGAUGAGCUAUUCAGGGUUAACUCAGGGUUGGGGCUGAGAGGAGAGAGGGAAAAUAAGUCUUGGUUCAUCCCAGUGGUGUUAGUCAAAGGACCAGCCAGCAAAGAAUAGAAAAUAAUCUGUUCCUUUACUAGUGCUACUUGUUAAUUUAAAAAGUAAAAGUGAGGCUAGUCAUAAAAUUGGCAUGUGCAUAGGCUGGGAGAUGUUCUUUUUCUUGGAAGGUGUUUCUUUCAGAAGCAAAUACCAAGCAGUGGUAUUGUGGAGAAGCAGUUCUCCACAAACACAUCUGCGCAGCGCAUGCAGGCAGCACAUGAAGUUUUAAUUCCAUCUUCAUUUCCUGCAGAAGCUUGUAUGUACCUGCCUGGGAGUCGGGUCCUCCGAGGCAAGCAGUGUUGCUUACUUGGAAAGAAAUCAAAUAGGGUCUUGGAUGAGCCUGUCUAGCUGCAGAAUUCCAGCUUCCCUGUCAAGUCAAGGAUAGCUUGGCAUUUGCUGCUGAAACUGUACUGGUAUUUAGGUAAGUGCUUUACUUCAUGUGUGUGGAGGUUGUCCUGGCUAUGUAAAAUUCAGUAGGUGGUUACGUGUGCAGACGUUAGAGGCCAUCCAUGUGGAUGCAAUGGUUCUCGUGCUGCAGACUGUAAAUGUACAGGAGCUAAUAAAAAGCAGCCAUGCUUUCAGCGUAUCUUCUCUCACCUUGUGCAGCGCUGGCUGAAGACGUAAAACGUCUGUUUUUCCCUGCAGCAUUGUGCCCUUAGCUGCAUUAUGGGCGAAGGAGCCAAGUGGCUGCUGCGCCAGUGAUGCUCCCAGAGGGCUGGAGGUGGCUCUCGGGAGGGGACUGAGCUCAGGGGGGACCUGAGGUCUCUGGGAGCGUGCGGGUUAUCGAGCAGUUGGCUCCUCUGCCAGCCUAAGCCAUGCUCCACACAGGUGCCUUGAACAAAGGCUUGCUGCAGCCCCCACCAGGGACCGUCCUGCGCUGCUGUGCAAGCUGUGCAGGAGUCCCGAGGGGAAGGAAGGGAUGAGCUCCUGACACUGUGCCAAAGAGCAUCCAUCUUCCCUGGUGCUGGGGGUUUUAAAUUGAAAAUGGGCUUUUUGGUGUAGCAUGAAGCUGAGCUGCCUCUGCGCAUCUGGGGGCAGUGUCGGGGCUGUCCGGAUCCAAGAGCAGGAGCUGGUGGGUGUGAUGAGAACCCCCGAGCAGAGUGUGCAGGCAGUGCUGGCCCGACGCAUGGCAAUAGCUCAGGUAGUGUGAGGGGCCCACGUGCGUGCAGAGGGAGCUGGGAAGCACAGUGACAGAUCAUACAAUGAAUUUGCACAAUUCCAUUUAAAGACAGACUGCUAUUUAAAGUACUUCAGUGAAGUGUGAUGUGCCUGCGAGCUGGAAUCAAGUGAUGAUUCACUGUGGGACACAGUGGGCUACUUUACAGCUGCCAGCUGGAGUUUUCAAGGCUGCUAAGGCCAAGCUACUCAUCUUUUCGUUUCUCUUGGACUUGUGGUUUUUCUUUUUCUCAUACUGUAAUAAAUUGAAAACAUAUUUGGUCAAAAUUUGCAGUUGUGAAUGCUUUUCACUGCUGUCCUGUAUGCACAAAUGUUACUCCAGAGAGAUGCCUGCCUUAGCUGUGUAAUCAGCCUUGCUGUAAACAGUUUGCUGUACUUCAGGGUCCUGUGAAGUAUCCCUGCAGGUGUUCUUGGAUUCUGUACAAAUUAACAGAAGGGGGUUUUUGAUAGGGUGAGGCUGGCAAUUAAAAUUAAAUAAAAUCUGUACUGAGAAAAAAAUGCUGCUGUUUUUCUUGUAGAGUUAAUGCUUUGCAUUUCCUUCCAGAAGUACCCCUCAGCGUGUUGCCCUCCCAUGUUUUCCAUCCUUCUUCAUUCUUUCUAGGACAUGGUGUAUCUUUUCUGUGUCAUGAUGGAUGAUAAUUGGAGUUCUUUGCUCCCUAAUCCAGCUUUGUUUUAGCAAUUGAUUCAGGUCAUCAUGUUGCGGCAGUUUUCUCACCAAUGUGAGGUUCAAUCCAGUGGGGGUGGACAGUGAAUCUUGAUACCAUGUGUAGUUCGACUGGAGAAAUUGGUGAGUUGUGACA